AUGGCUCGACCGCGGAAGCAGACCCAGGGUGUGCGGAAACCGCAGCAUAUACACGCUCCGAAGAAGUCUAAGACUCGGAAGGAGCGUGUGCCCGAGUCGGACGGUUUUGUGGCGAUAGGGAACACGGGUCAUAAGACGGGUCAAGUUGCCCGGAGGCCGACGAAGAAUUACCAGUCGUAUGAGAGCGAGGAUGAGGAGGACCAAUGGGCUGAGCAGUUAGACAAGUCGGAAGACGAAGACCUGGAAGAGAUAGGUUCUUACGAUGCAGGUUUGGCGGCGGGGGAAGAGAAGUCAAGAAAGCCGAGAGAGGAACGGUUGGAUGCUGGCGACCCCUUCUUGGGUCGAGACUCUUGGGGUCGAUCGAUUCGGAACUUUUAUGACGAGGAGGGCUCCGAGGGCUCCUCCAGUGAGGCCGAAGAUGAUAUGGCGCGAGCUCUUCAGGAAGCCUUGGCCAUUCGGCAGAGCCAUAUGGGCACGGUGGCCGCAGAGGACAUGGGGUUCAACGACUACCUGGCUCUGGGUGCUCAGAGCGUAACGGAGGGGGAGACCAAAAGCGUCAACGACGAGAAGGUCGCUUUGGAUCUUUUGCUCACGGGGCUCUCAGGAAGUGCCCGGGAACCAGAUAGUGCUCGGGAUGCGGAACGGAAUCCUGCAGCCCUAGAGCUGCUGCAGCACUUGUCUGAGGAAUAUAAAGAGCUGAAAGAGCGAGUCAAAAAAGAGUCUAUGCCUGCUUUGCAACUGGCUGCAUUCACAGACAAGGGUCCGAGACCGACCGAGGCUUGCAUGGACCUUCUCGCCUUCCAGCUCCAGAUCUGUCUUUGGAUGGCUAGCUUCUUCAACGGAUGCGCCGCUGUCGGUUUAACUCCCGAAUUCUUGCUGCACUCGAGUGUGCUGACUAAAGCACUUAAGAAAUACGCUAAAGUCCGGAAGGAAAUGGGCUCGCCAGGUGAGUGGGAAGUACUACGGGACGAGCUUCGCGUAGCCCUACGGAACCGUGGUGACUCCGCCAUCACGGUCUCCACAACCAGCUUGAAGGACAAAGUAUAUGACCGCCAUGGCGACCGCCGUGACGACCAUGCAGAUAUGCCGGGCAAGAUGAGUGUACUGGAACGACGUGCUAUGAAAAAGGCUGCAAGGUUGGAGAUGCAGCGGAAGAAGGCGUUAGAUUCGUUGCCGAAGCUGCCAGCCGAAAUUCAAGACCCCACGAGCGCUCGCGAACUCUCCCGCAACAUCAAGUCCAACCGUGGCCUGAUGAGGAUCCGGAAGAAAUACAGCGGGCACGCGCGUGUGGCAAAUAAAUUGAAGUACGCGAAAAAGGUCAAGAAGCUCAGCGGACGCCUCCGAAAGGCGGACGAACAGACUGCAAGCGGAGACUACGCUGGUGAGUCCCAUGGUAUCACCUCGCACGUCAACCGGUCGCGGAAGCUCCAGUAA